AUGAAGUUCACUGCUGCUGCUGCUCUUGCUCUUGCCACUGUGGUUGUGGCUCAGCCCUCCGUCCGCGGCCGCGCUGUCAACCACAUCCCUGCCCCUGCCGGCAUGACUGUCUCUCAGGGAGCCGACUCCUGCGGUAGCGGCAACCAGCUCUCCUGCUGCAACAAGGCCACUUAUGCCGGUGACUCCACCGACAUCGACAGCGGUCUCCUGUCUGGCCUCUUGAGCGGCCUCAUUGGCUCCGGAUCCGGCUCCCAGGGUAUUGGCCUGGCCGACGACUGCUCCCCGCUUGACCUCCAGGCCCUUGACCUUGUCGGCCUGCAAAACUUGCUCAACGACCAGUGCGAGCAGACUGCCGCCUGCUGCCAGGGCAGCGGCAGCGACACUGAGGGUGACCUCAUCGGUGUCGGCCUCCCCUGCAUUGCUCUGGGAACGCUUCUUUAAGCGCGUGGUUAUGGCACCGACUAUCUAUCCAUUUACAUUAUGGAUUUAGUUAUCAU